AUGGCUAUGGGGGACUUUAUGAGUCACUCCAAUACCUCAGAUGAGUUUAUGUGCUCUUCUACUGGUGCUUUCAACCAAACCACCACCCCCAACUCGCCUUUCCAGGAAUCUACCACUCCUACCAUUGAGUCUGACCCCUGGGCAGACCCUGUUGAGGAAGAGGCCCAGUCAAACCUCAAUGACAACUGCCCACUAUCUUAUAAGACCGAUACCAUUGCAGAGACAGAUGACAUCCUAGUCUGA